AUGACAAGCGAAGCGGCAGAGCAGCACGAGGAGUUUCUACAGGAGGUAGGAGCUGGCAUCGAUGCUCACACGUCGAGAAUGCGUGAGGGUAUCUUGCAGAUGCUAACACUCUAUCUCAAGCAGCAGCAGAUAAUCAUCCGAGAGUCGUUGCGAGCUGAAGCGGAAUGUCGUGAGCGUGCGAUAUUGGACGAGAAGAGGGAGGUCGAGGUCGAGCUUAACAGUGCACGAAAUGAUAUACAAAAACAAAAAACAAUUAUACGAAACUUGGUCCUGAUGCUAGGCGAUGCACACCAGCGGCUGUGGUGGCAGCGACGAUUUCGUGAUUGGGUCUCGUGGCUGCUGAAGAAACGGCAACGACGGCAACUCGACUGGACUCUGAAGCGCUCAGGAAACAUACUGCGAACAUACCACUUGUACGCGCAGUGGCGUCUGUUCGCCGCGGCGCGCCGGCAGCAGCGGCUAGCACUGGCAGAGCAGUCGCAGUGGAAGCUCCGGGAGGCCGAGUUGCUGGCGCAAGUAGAGGCGCUGAAAGAGAGAGCAGAGGAGGAGCGACGACGCAGCGACUGCCUGGAGGAGAAAAUGAAGGCGGCCUUUGUUCGUGGUGUUUGUGCGCUGAACAAGGAGGCGGUGCAGGUGCUGCGCGGCACACAGGAGACGGAGGACGUAGAGGAACCAAGAGCAACGCCCUCCCGUCUCUUUGACGCCCGCUCGACACGUCUCCAGUCGACACGCGCAAGCCACACGCCGAGUACCACAGCUCGAUUUGACAUCCUCCAGGGCCAAGCAUCAUCAUCAGCAGCAGCAGCAGCAGAAGCAACAACUCCGACAGCGGCAACAGGAACAGCAACAACGGCAGCUCCAUUGGGGGGUCGAAUGAUUCAACAGCGUCAGGGAAUGGGGCGGCAGGAGCACCAGCAGAUGUGUCCGCUACAUCACGUCCCAACACCUGGGCCGCCGUGCCACAUCUGCUACGCCCCCGACACGUGCACGUACAACACGAGGCCAGUGCCCCACCAGCCCUUUGUGGUCUCUGUAGACCCAUCUGCAGUGCGCAGCUAUGGCACCACGCCAGCUUCCCAGCGUCCUCCACACAUCAGUCGAACGGCUGUGAAAACGGGACGUUCGCGUGCUGCGUUCUGA